AUGGAUCAACGACACAAAUGGAUAGUCACCGCGAGAUUCGAGAAGCGCGCCCUUCUCAUCGCAGUCAACUGUCUCGCGGGAAUGUCAAUCUUCUUCUUCGGUUAUGACCAAGGAAUGAUGGGUGGCGUUAACAACGCAAAGCACUACAUCGACCUCAUGCGAUUCGGCUACGUCGACGAUGACGGUGUACCCGUGGUCACCGAUACUCUUCUCCAAGGCGGCAUCAUGUCAGUCUUCUACCUCGGCACCCUCGUCGGCUGCAUGGUAGGAGGCUCCAUCGGUGACCGCUUCGGAAGAAUCAAGACCAUCGCCAUCGGUGCGCUGUGGGGCAUCUUUGGAGCUUCCCUUCAGUGCUCGUCCAUGAACGCGAACUGGAUGAUCGGCUCCCGGCUCGUCAACGGAAUUGGCACUGGCAUUCUAAACGGCAUCGUCCCGGUGUGGGCAUCCGAGCUGGCGGACUACACCUCCAGAGGCUCCUUCAUCGCCAUGGAGUUCACCCUCAACAUCUUUGGUGUGGUGGUUGCGUAUUGGCUGGGAUACGGUGUCAGCUUCAUCGACAACGGAGAGUCUGCCUUUCGAUGGCGGUUCCACAUCGCAUUCCAGAUCAUUCCAUUGCUGUUUCUGCUCUUUGGCUGCUUCCUCUUUCCCGAGUCUCCUCGUUGGCUCUGCAAGGUUGACAGACACGACGAGGCUUUGUACAUCUUGCAAAGACUUCGGUACUGGCAAUGGGAUCGCUGA